ACCUCCCCCCUCCCCUGGGCCGCCUAGGACAUAAAAAGCUCCAGGUGCGAGCCGAGCUACUCCUCCUGCAGACCACAGGUCCUUUGGUGUCUCUGCUUCCUCUUUCGCCAUGACUUCCUACAGCUAUCGCCAGUCGUCGGCCUCCUCGUCCUUCGGGGGCCUGGGCGGCGGCGUCGUGCGCUUCGGAGGGGGAGUCUCCUACCGCGCGCCCAGCAUCCACGGAGGCUCGGGCGGCCGUGGCGUGUCGGUGUCGUCUGCCCGCUUCGUGUCCUCGUCCUCUGGAGGCUAUGGCGGCGGCUAUAUGGGCACCGCGGUCGGGUCCGACGGGCUUCUGGUGGGCAACGAGAAGUUGACCAUGCAGAACCUUAAUGACCGCCUGGCCUCCUACCUGGAGAAGGUGCGCUCCCUGGAGGCGGCCAACGGCGACCUGGAGGUGAAGAUCCGAGACUGGUACCAGAAGCAAGGGCUCGGGCCCGCCCGCGACUACAGCCACUACUACCAGACCAUCGGGGAGCUGCGGGACAAGAUUCUUGGUGCCACCAUUGAGAACUCCAAGAUUGUCCUGCAGAUCGACAAUGCCCGUCUGGCUGCGGAUGACUUCCGAACCAAGUUUGAGACGGAGCAGGCCCUGCGCCAGAGCGUGGAGGCCGACAUCAACGGCCUGCGCAGGGUGCUGGACGAGCUGACCCUGGCCAGAACUGACCUGGAGAUGCAGAUUGAAGGCCUGAAGGAGGAGCUGGCCUACCUGAGGAAGAACCACGAGGAGGAAAUCAGUGUCCUGAGGAGCCAAGUGGGUGGCCAAGUCAGUGUGGAGGUGGAUUCCGCUCCUGGCAUUGACCUAGCCAAGAUCCUGAGUGACAUGAGAAGCCAGUACGAGGUCAUGGCUGAGAAGAACCGGAAGGAUGCUGAAGCUCAGUUCAUCAUCCAGAUUGAGGAGCUGAACCAGAAGGUCGCUGGCAACACGGAGCAGCUGCAGACCAGCAAGACGGAGGUCACUGACCUGCGCCGCACCCUCCAGGGUCUGGAGAUUGAGCUGCAGUCUCAGCUCAGCAUGAAAGCCGCCCUGGAGGGCACGCUGGCGGAAACAGAGUCCCGCUUUGGAGCCAGGCUGGCACAGAUCCAGAUGCUGAUCAGCAGUAUCGAAGCCCAGCUGACUGAUGUGCGAGCUGACAUUGAGCGGCAGAACCUGGAGUACCAGCAGCUCAUGGAUACCAAGACUCGGCUGGAGCAGGAGAUCGCCACCUACCGCAGCCUGCUUGAGGGCCAGGAGUCCUAUUACAGCAAACUGCCCACUACCCUGACCCUCUGAGUCCAGCAGCCUCCCUGGCUUCCUGCUUCUAGCAGAGGCAUGGAUGCUUCUGGGUAGGCGAAUGGGAGGGGUGGGACCUUUACCUCUAGCUCCUCUGACCUGUUAAUAAAAUUUUAUAGCCCAAGGGA